AUGGCGGCUGCCAACGGCGGUGCGGCCGUGGGGAUCAUGGCUCUCGGGAGAUGGAUUUGCGGCGUGGGCGUCGGGGUCGUGAGCACCGCGGUGCCGCUGUAUCAGAGCGAGGUGUCGCCCGCCAAGGAGAGAGGCAGGCUCAACCAAAACAGACCACGGUGGCUCCUUGAAAAGGGCGAUGGGGACGCCGCCUCCAAAGUCCUCCACUACCUGCGCGAGGAGGCCAUGCCCGCCGAGGCCAUCACGCACGAACUGCACGCCAUCAGCGCCGACGUCGAAUCCCGGCGCAAGGCUGGCACGACGCUCGUCUCGCUGUCCCUCUCGCUCUUCCGCGACGCCAGUCUGUUCGCCCGGCUGUGGCGCGCGUUCCUCCUGCAGUUCAUGGCGCAAAUGUGCGGCGCUACAGCCAUCAAGUACUACCUGCCCACGCUGCUCAAGGCCCUCGGCCUGGAGUACAGGCUGGCGCUGAUGGCGGGCGCCGCGGAAAUGACCGUCAAGAUUGCCAUGACGAUUGUGGAGAUGUGGGCGAUUGACAGGUUUGGGAGGAGGGCCUGCAUGACGGGCGGGAGCUUGAUCAUGGGCGUUGCCAUGCUGGUAAAUGGUCUUUUGCCCAUAAUGUACCCCGGGAAUGAGAACAAGGUGGCAGACAUCAUCUGCAUCGCAUUCAUAUUCAUAUACGCCAUGGGCUAUAGUCUUGGCCUUGGCCCUGCCGCGUGGGUAUACAGCACUGAGAUCUUCCCGACUUCAGUACGAGCUAGGGGCCUUAAUUUUGCUGCAUCAGGUGGUUCCAUUGGCAGCAUACUCGUUUCUCAGAUCUGGCCUGUUGGAAAUGCCAAAUUUGGCAGCGGGAUAUACUUUUUCUUCAUGGUGGUCAACUUUAUAUGCGUACCGGUUAUUUGGCUUCUAUAUCCAGAAACAAAAGGUAGAGAAUUGGAAGAUAUGGACUGUCUGUUUGGAAAGUCCGAGGAAAGAAACGCAACUCUCUCUCUAGGCGGAGUAGCUGAAGACGUAGGCGAAGAUGGAGGAGACAUGCUGUCCACGACAGCAACCCACGAAGAGGAUGAACCACUGCUGCCAUGA